GGCGGCCCCGCAGGCACGGUGAUCCUGGAGCUGUCGAAGGAGAAGGCGGCCGAGCGGCUGCUGGAGCGCCAGGCCGCGCAGUUCGGCGCCGCCGUGCUCAAGGUGGAGGCCGAGCUCUCGGCGCAGAUCCGCUACCUCACGCAGGUGGCCACGGGGCAGCCCCACGAGGGCUCGAGCUACGCGGCGCGCAAGGGCUGCCAGCUGGCGCUGAACCGCCUCGAGUACGCCCGCAGGAGGCUGGGCGAGCUGGCCAGGGGCUGCCAGCAGCUGCUGGAGGCGUAGGGACACGGCCAGGGGCAGCGGGACGUCGGGGGACGUCGGGGGACAUCGGGGGAAACCGGGACGUGCG